AUAUAAAGUUUUAUGACAAGAAGAAUUGCGCAGAACUAUAGAUAUUUCAUGAGAGAACCGGUUCCCAUGUUUGUUUACCUCUCCCAGCAUGCCUUGCACGAUGGAGCGACGUGAAAGGCGCAGUGCAGUGAUCAAAAUCUGCAGUCAAAGCAACAGUCGCUGUCAGCCUUGGAUUAAGUUUGUGCUUGUUGGGACAGGAAAGAGCCGGGUGUAACUGAUGCACUGUUUAUCGCAUGUGAAAUGCAGCAGGAUGCAAGCGACUGUACAAGUCUCUCUGAAACAGAACUGGUGAGGGCACUAGCUGGCGUCUGUGUCUGCGAGAUUUCCUUAUUCACGACGCAGCCAUCUUGACGUCGAAUUCAACCCUGUCAUCUAGCGGUGAGCGGAAUAUGUCGACUUCUGUAAUGAUAAUCACGACGCGUGGUGACGUCUGCCGGUCUCGGUGGCUAAUUACAGACGCGAUGGCAUCAUCAGCGGCCACAUCCUCCUAUUCCAACACAGAGAGGUCUUGCCUUUGUGGCUCUGUGAAUGCACCUUCCGCGUCGCCCCCGCAACACGCCUCCAAUACUGCCAAGUGUAAAAUCUGCCGCACGAAACCAAAAUUCUGCUUUCUCCGUGGGCAAAGAUCAUUUGACUUAGGGCAGCAAGGACCAAGUUCAGCUGGUCUGAACGGUCACGUGGUGUCAGCGCCGCCCAACCGAAGCAAAGAAGCUGAAGCGAUAAGGGAUACCAGCAGAGCCCCCCUUCAGGGACGCCGCGCCAGGAGCGCCGAACGCUACGAGGGGUUGCGUGUCAAUGGGAGAACGGCUCCAGGACUCCCACGUCAAACAUCUCUUCAGACUCCAGUGAUCAGCAACAUAAGCGCCCCUAGCGACCGUCCCCCGGAAUAUUUAUAUCCAGAACUGCCACCCAUUUCUUCCCCACCGCCGCCAUAUGAAGUGGCUAUGAGAAAGAUGGGACAUCCACCGAGCUAUGAAGAGUACCUCACCCAGCGAUUGCAGCAGCAGCAGUUGGGGACCAAUUCUUCGAUACCACCGCCCCUGCCGCCACGCAACCCAACAAUGUCAUCGAGAAGCUGUUCGCCGCCGCCACCCUGGUCACUCCCGGCGUCCAGUGCGGCAACAUCCCAGAGCCUCCAGCAGCAGAACUUCUGUAAUUGUUCCAAGUGCAAGAAUGGGAGUGUCCCAGGAGGACGUGGAGGCGGACUGCGAGUGAACCUCCCAGCACAGCAAGACGAUGUCACGACAGCGCGAAGCCUAGCAGAAGCUCAGCGCCAACUUAGGGUAAUGCUGCCCCCCGAAAUAUCUCAACAGGCUACUUCCUCACAUGAUCACUGCCCAUGUUCCAAAUGUCAGUCACGGUAUGGUACUUAUGACGACUCGAAUGGCAACAACGACCUGAUGUUCUCGCUAGACAGCACGCCCGCACUGCAAGGUGUGCUGAGUGACGGCUUGCUAUGUAGUGUCAUGUAGACGUUGUUGUGUUCGUGUGAGCGAGUGGAUCUGCUCCUCGAGGUACUCUUAGAGGGAUCUAUUUCGAAAUCGUUCAUUUAAUGAUGCGGUAUCUGGUUGCCUGCCCUGCAAACGAGUGAUUAAUGUUGAAAAUUUUGUGAUUCUGUCAUCUUGAGAUUAUCCUUCUAGUUCAGUCCGAUAAUUGUAAUACCAGGAAAAGAAAAAAAGUGAUAAAAUGGACAGAAAUAUUUGUCGAAUGUUCAAGUAAAUAGACUUCACAGAGUUGUUUGUCAGACCAAGUUCUGAAAUUUCUCAUUAAAGAAACAUUAUCCGUUUAA